CUCUUGUUCCUCAUUCGGAUUCAAUACCAGCUCGCCGGCCAUUGAACCCCCCCGACGAAUUGACCCGACACUCGCGUCAGACUUGCAGAUCCCCACUUCGGAAUUGGUCCUACAGAAGGAGGUGUCACAUCUACCAUGGCUGACGAGGUCCGUCGGCCGGAUGCAUUGCACAAUGUACCGACUGUCACGCAGGAGCGCUCCGACGCCCAGGGAAGCUCCCAUGUCCUCGCUUCGGAUCAAACCGUGACCUCCCAGUCCACCAGCGAGACCGACCUGUCGUUAGAUGGUCGCUGGGGAGAACAGGAAGCAGAACCCGUCUCCCGCCGCGGUGCAAUGGAGGAUUUUCAGGAGAUGCGCAGGGAACUGACCCGGCUCAGUCUGCACCAAACCCGGUCCGCCACCCGAGACGCGCAGCGAUUGCGCUCGCGAGCAAGCCAGGCCCGUGAUGAAGAGAAGUCCAUCGAUGACGAUGGGUUGUCCGGAACCACGGAGAGCGCGUAUGGUGGAUUUGAUCUCAGCGAGUUCUUGCUGGGUGGCCACCUUGAAAGACGGACGACAGCGGGCGAGCCAGCCAAGAAGGUGGGUGUGGUGUUCAAGAAUGUCACCGUUAAAGGUGUCCAAACGGGCGCUUCCUUUGUCCGCACUCUCCCGGAUGCCGUCGUUGGUACCUUUGGGCCCGAUCUCUACAAUCUGGUCUGCAAGUUUGCCCCCCAGCUUCGCUUUGGCCGCAAGCCUCCCGUACGAGACCUGCUUCAUGACUUCACAGGCGCGGUUCGCGAAGGUGAGAUGAUGCUCGUGCUAGGAAGACCUGGCGCGGGUUGCUCUACAUUCCUGAAGACCAUUGCGAAUGAUAGGGGCGCCUUUGCCGGUGUCGAGGGUGACAUCAGCUACGGCGGCUUGUCAGCGGAGGAGCAAAACAAGCACUUCCGUGGGGAGGUCAACUACAACCAGGAGGAUGACCAGCACUUUCCCAAUCUCACCGUUUGGCAGACACUGAAGUUCUCUCUCAUCAACAAGACCAAGAAGCACGACACGGCAAGUAUCCCGAUCAUUAUCGAUGCAUUGUUGAAGAUGUUCGGUAUCUCCCACACCAAGAACACCGUGGUGGGUAACGAGUAUGUCCGGGGUGUAUCUGGUGGAGAGAGAAAGCGUGUGAGUAUCGCUGAGACGCUGGCAACCAAGUCCUCAGUCGUCUGCUGGGACAACUCCACCAGAGGCCUGGACGCCAGUACCGCACUCGACUACGCCAAGUCCCUUCGCAUCAUGACCGAUGUCAGCAAGCGGACGACACUCGUCACCCUGUACCAAGCAGGUGAAAGUAUCUAUGAGCUCAUGGACAAGGUUCUGGUGAUCGACGAGGGACGCAUGCUGUACCAGGGACCCGCCAAUGAAGCUAGACAAUACUUCAAGGACCUCGGUUUCCACUGCCCCGAACAAUCGACCACGGCGGAUUUCCUGACUUCCUUGUGCGAUCCUAACGCCCGGCAAUUCCAGCCAGGCCGGGAGGCGUCGACCCCGAAGACACCGGAAGAGCUCGAAACAGUCUUCCGCCAAAGCAGCGCCUACCAGCGAAUCCUCUCCGAUGUCUCCGGCUACGAGAAGCAGCUCCAGGAUACCAACCAGGAGAGCACCCGUCGUUUUGAGAAGUCUGUCGCACAGUCCAAGAGUAAGACCGUUUCCAAGAAGUCUCCGUACACGGUUUCCCUGGUCCGCCAGGUUGCGGCCUGUGUGCGUCGCGAGUUCUGGCUGCUCUGGGGUGACAAGACCUCCCUCUACACCAAGUAUUUCAUCAUCCUGUCCAACGCCCUGAUUGUCUCGUCCUUGUUCUAUGGUGAAUCGUUGAAUACCAGCGGUGCCUUCUCGCGUGGUGGUGCUCUGUUCUUCUCUAUUCUGUUCCUUGGUUGGUUGCAGUUGACGGAAUUGAUGCCAGCAGUCAGUGGGCGUGGCAUUGUCGCCCGUCACAAGGACUAUGCUUUCUACCGGCCCUCGGCGGUUUCCAUUGCACGUGUGGUGGUCGACUUCCCAGCUAUCUUCUGUAUGGUCGUCCCAUUCACCAUCAUCGUCUACUUCAUGACCGGACUCGACGUGGAGGCUUCGAAGUUCUGGAUCUACUUCCUCUUCGUGUAUACGACCACGUUCUGCAUCACGUCGUUGUAUCGCAUGUUCGCGGCUCUAUCUCCAUCUAUCGACGACGCUGUUCGAUUCAGUGGUAUUGCACUUAACGUGUUGAUCCUGUUCGUUGGCUAUGUCAUUCCCAAACAGUCCCUCAUCGACGGUUCGAUCUGGUUCGGUUGGCUCUUUUAUGUGAACCCGCUGUCUUACAGUUACGAGGCCGUCCUUUCUAACGAGUUUGCUGGUCGUAUCAUGGAGUGUGCCUCCUCCAUGCUGGUACCUCAAGGUCCUGGCUUUGAGUCAAGAUACCAGGGAUGCGCUCUCACUGGGUCGGAGCUAGGCCAGACCGUCGUCUCAGGCACCAGGUACCUGGAGACGACCUACCAAUUCACCCGCCAUCAUCUCUGGCGCAACUUUGGUGUUGUCAUUGCCUUCACCGUACUCUACAUCCUGGUGACGGUCUGGGCCUCUGAGUUUCUCUCUUUCGUCGGUGGCGGCGGCGGCGCGUUGGUCUUCAAACGCUCCAAGCGUGCCAAGCAACUUACGGCGCAGAUCGGCCAGGGAAGUGACGAGGAGAAUGUUCAGGGCGCCGGCGUGCAGGCACAGUCAAACAGCAACAGUGAGACCUUCAACCGCAUCUCAUCGAGUGAUCGAGUCUUUACCUGGUCGAAUGUUGAGUACACGGUUCCCUACGGCAACGGAACAAGGAAGCUUUUGAACGGCGUCAACGGCUAUGCGAAGCCCGGAGUUAUGAUUGCCUUGAUGGGUGCCUCGGGAGCUGGUAAGACCACCCUGUUGAACACCCUAGCCCAACGCCAGAAGAUGGGUGUGGUGACCGGUGAUAUGCUUGUCGAUGGUCAUCCGCUUGGCACCGACUUCCAACGAGGCACCGGUUUCUGCGAGCAGAUGGAUCUCCACGACAAUACUGCGACGAUUCGCGAGGCUCUGGAGUUCUCCGCACUCCUUCGUCAGGACCGGAACACCCCCCGGCAAGAGAAGCUCGACUACGUCAACCAGAUCAUCGACCUCCUCGAGCUUGAGGAGAUCCAGGAUGCUAUCAUCGGCUCCCUCAAUGUUGAGCAGAAGAAGCGUGUCACCAUCGGUGUCGAGCUGGCUGCCAAGCCCAGUCUUCUUCUCUUCCUCGACGAGCCUACCAGUGGUCUGGAUAGUCAAGCAGCAUUUUCCAUCGUCCGAUUCCUGAAGAAGCUUUCCCAAGCAGGACAGGCGAUUGUGUGUACGAUCCAUCAGCCUUCAUCGAUGCUGAUCCAACAGUUUGACAUGAUCCUGGCUCUGAACCCCGGUGGUAACACCUUCUACUUCGGUCCGGUCGGCCCCGAAGGUCGCGAUGUGAUCAAGUACUUUGCAGACCGUGGUGUUGUCUGCCCGCCUUCGAAGAACGUCGCCGAGUUCAUUCUCGAGACAGCAGCUAAAGCGACGAAGAAAGACGGCAAGAGCUUCGAUUGGAACGAAGAAUGGAGGAAUUCGGAUCAGAACCGGAAAGUCUUGGAGGAAAUCAAGUCGAUCAGGGAGGAACGCAGCAAGAUUCCGGUCAGUGAACAAGAUGUGCAGUAUGAAUUUGCUGCUCCGGUUACGACCCAGACGUAUCUCCUCAUGGUGAGGCUUUUCAGACAGUAUUGGAGAGAUCCCUCUUACUACUACGGAAAGCUGUUCGUCAGUGUCAUCAUCGGAAUCUUCAACGGUUUCACUUUCUAUAUGCUCGGUAACUCGAUCUCCAGCAUGGAAGACCGCAUGUUCUCCAUCUUCUUGAUCAUUCUUCUCCCGCCCAUCGUCCUGAACAGUCUUGUUCCCAAGUUCUACAUUAAUCGAGCUCUUUGGGAAGCCCGUGAGUACCCCAGUCGUAUCUACGGAUGGAUUGCCUUCUGCACAGCCAAUAUCGUCUGCGAGAUUCCCAUGGCGAUCAUCUCUGGCCUGAUCUACUGGCUGCUAUGGUACUACCCGGCUGGUUUCCCUACGGACUCGAGCAAUGCGGGAUAUGUCUUCCUCAUGUCGAUCCUUUUCUUCCUCUUCCAGGCCAGCUGGGGACAAUGGAUUUGCGCCUUUGCCCCGUCGUUCACCGUCAUCUCCAACACCCUUCCGUUCUUCUUCGUCAUGACCAGCUUGUUCAACGGUAUUGUCCGCCCAUACUCUGCGUACCCCGUGUUCUGGAAGUACUGGAUGUACUACGUCAACCCGGUCACUUGGUGGCUCCGUGGUGUUAUUUCGAGCGUUUUCCCCAGCGUCGACAUCGAGUGCGCUUCCUUGGAAUCCACCCACUUCAACCCGCCUCCUGGUCAAACCUGCACCCAGUAUGCCGGCGAUUGGGUCUCGAGUGUUGGAGUGGGCUAUCUGUCCAACCCCAACGCCACUUCGGAUUGCCAGUACUGCCCUUACGCAAAUGGCCAGCAGUACAUGCACACUCUCAAUGUGCAUGACGGCGACAAGUGGCGAUGCUUCGGUAUCUUCCUGGCCUACGUGAUCAUUAACUGGUUCCUGGUUUACUUCAUGAUCUACUGUGUGCGCGUGCGCGGAUGGUCCUUUGGAAUCGGAUACAUUUUUUCUGCAGUGGGUAUGAUGUUUGGCGGCAUCAAGAAAUUGUUCUCUAGAGCUCCUAAGAGCCAGAACUGAGUCUGCUAUCCUGAUAAGCUCAUCCGUCUAUUCCCUCGAUGGAUGAUGCUUGAGACAUCUACCCAGUCUCAAAAACAAAAACAACCAAAAAAAAAAAAAAAAAAAAAAAAAAAAAA